AUGCCGAUCCGCCCAUUGGACGACUGGGUCUCCGGCAUCUCUGCCCGCACCUCAUCGCUUCCCCUCUCCGCCCUCAAAGGGGCAGUUGUCGGCAUCGAUGCGACGCACUACAUCUCUCAGCACCUCAGCCACCCCUCUACUCGCGAGCCGCUUUUAAUCGCUCUCGGAGGAUUCCCUUUCGCCCUGAGAAGCAAUAUCGAGAAGGAGCUGCAGAUUUUCAAGGACCUGGGUGUGGCUUGUAUUUUUGUCUUCAACGGUCUGGACUUUGGAAAGAAGAAUCAACGGCCUCAGGUGCAGCAUGAGACUGUCCGAGCAUUCGAGCAUGCCUGGGAGCUGUACGAUCAGCAGCAGGCUGACCAGGUUGUCGAUGCCUUCAGCAGCGUUGGUACUCCUCGACCAGAAUCCCUCUACCGCUUCUUGCAGCGCAUCCUUGUCCAGAAUGGUAUCGACUAUAUGGUAGCACCCUACAGUGCUGCUGCACAGCUCGCCCACCUUAGCCAUGGUUCCAAUUCCGUAAUCGACGCCAUCUGGGGACCCUCGGAAGUUCUACUUUUCGACGUCGAGAAGCUCAUCACAAAGAUCGAAAUAGACCCUGCCCAGUUCUCCUGGAUCACCAAGCAAACCUGUCAAGAGGAGCUAGGAAGACUGUCAAAUGACCAAUUCCUUGACUUUGCGCUUCUACUAGGAUCCUCAGUCCUCCAAACCUUCCCAUUCUUCGAGAACCCUGCAUUCCCAGCCAAGGGUGCUUCUGUUCGUGAUGCCUUACUCAUGUUCAACGCGGCGGGGCGGAGUGCUCUUGCUCUAUGCGCACAGUACGAAGAGGAGCGCCGCAUGCAGGACGUCCAAUAUACAGACCGCUACAAACGUGCCUAUAUGAAUGUCAAGCACCACGUGGUCAUGGACCUGGAGGGAAGAGUUGGUCCAAUGGAUGCCGAUAACAGCCCCACUGACAUGCACGAGGUUAUCGGCCAACGUCUUCCGGAGGAGCUUUACUUUUAUAUUUCCAAGGGUAUCCUUGGACCUGACGUGCCGAACUAUCUGGCCUCUGGCGAGGUUCUGAUUUCAUUACCUUUGGGCAUCGAGGAUUCAAAGAUAUAUCGGCAAGUCGCGGGAGAUAAUCUCGCCCCACUCAGAGAGCAGUCAAUGUUCUUACUGUCGAGUACCCUCCAUCGUUUCUAUCAGAGCAAGACUAUCAAUGUCCGGAAAUGGUACGAUGAGAACGCCGAUUCCACUAUCCCGCUUAAAACACCCCCUCCGGUUAUACAUUCCAUUCGUCAGUGGAAGGUUCCCAGUGAUCGGUACACUGCUGGAAUUAAGAAGCUUCAGGGAUCUACAGGACCAUUCAAGUUCGCUGUUCAGAGUCUGAAAGACUCCGAUUUCGUGUCGAAAACAUUUGCCUCUAAAGAUUCUCCGCCACUGUCAUCGAAAGACGAAUUACUUGCCAAUGUUUACUGGCGGUUCCUACAACUUCGCGGUUAUAUCAACGAAAAGCACCAGCUCACGCCCUGGGGUGUCUGCCUGGAACAAGCCCUCUCGGUUCUCAACCCGGAAGACUCCCUAGAGGAAGCCACAUUCGUGGCCAUUGAGCUAAUGAGAUUCGGGGUCCUCAAUGCUAAGCAAUGGUUCUCACAUGUUUCUGGAGGCCCAAUGAGGGGAACAGAUGAGGACAAGUCUUUCAACAUGCUUAUUUCGCGUGUUGCCUGCAUUGGCAAGCUGCGACACAAGAACAUUGGUUACUCCGGACCACUCAGUAGACAGUUACUCUCUUACCGGUCUCUCAUAACAGAAGUCCGUACGACGCUACGAAACCUCAUCGAGAUUGUGCUUGUUGGGCUUCUUCUUAACGGCGAAGCAAACCGCGACCGCAGUGACUGGACCGAUCUAGGUAUCAGUCUUCCCUUCAUUGAUGACAAUGACUGUGGUCUAGGUAUUGCUGUCCGGACGUACCUCGACGAUCUGCCCCUGCAGGCCGAGCCAACCUCGCCAGACUCGAGAGAAGAGGUGAAGUCCAAGGGCAAGGAAUGGUUCCAACACAGCGACAGUUUCACAGGGAACUUGAACAGGGCGUUUAUGCUAUGGGAUGCGGUCUACAAGGGUUCGCAGAACGCGGGCAAAGAGUUUAAGGAUGGUAAGACUUGGGCAGAUGCGAACAAAUGGUUAUCUGAGAGACGGUGA